AUGAAGAAAAACGCAAAAAAUACCAACGAUAAUGAGUUGACAAUGAAUCCUCAGGAAGCAGAAAAUCAAAAGCUUUCAGUUAUCAAGUCAAAUGAUCCAUCCAGUAGACAGAAAAGGCCAGCGGAAACAAGUACUGGUGUUUCAGACAAGAAUGUGGAGGAAGUGGCGGAUGAUGGUCGUGUCAUCACAGCCUAUGACGAUGGUAACAACUCUGAUGACAGUGACGAAGAGAUCAUUACAUCUGCAAUGCCACCAAAGCAAAUAGUAGAUACUAUUGUUACAACUACAACUAAUCCAGACGGCAGUCUGAAGCGAACUACAAGAAAAACAACACGUACAGUGUUAACUACGGCUAGAAUACGCAAGAUCAAGAUGACAAACCUACCACCUGAUGGGGAACUGCUCAAACCACCAGUACCAUCUUCAAGUAACGAUUUAAAUAUGUCAAAUGUAAUCAAUUUCACAAAACUAAACUCAGACAAUCUGACGGGAAUUCGCUUGCUCAGGCUACAUUGGCCAUAA